GCCGAAAAGGCCUGGAGAGUUCACGCGCCUGCCGGAUAGACGCGUCAAAGCUCUCGGCCUGGUCCUUUGGCCCUUUUUUUUGCGCCUUCUUGCCUAAUUGCAUGUGCUUCGCAGCCUUUCUUUUUGGCGUCUUUGCCGCGGCUGUUGCAGUGCUCUUAUGCGAGCACAGGGAGACGAAUGGACAUGGCGAAAGAACGGCACCCAGACCAUGUCUAGAAGCUGCCCGGCGCAUAAGCCUUGACUUCUGCGGUGUGCAGAACCCACUUCCCAGAAGGGCAAGAGGGAGAAUGUAG